AAUCUUUUAUAAUUCAAUAAUUCAAUAAUUGUUAAAGGUGAAAUUGAGAAUGAGUUAUACUCCUUCCAACACUGCAGUAGGAAGAACAAUGUUACAUCGAAAUUACGGAACACCCGAAGUACCAGUUUCUAAUCCAAAAGAACAGACAAUGAUUUGGCAACAAAAUUCAUAUCAUGUAGAUUCAGGGAUCCAUUCUGGAUCAAAUACACAGGCUCCAUCUGUAACAGGUAAAGAUGAAGAGAUGGAUACUAAUCAAAUGUUGUUUGACUGGGAACAAAGAGAAUUUGGUCAAGGAUUAACAAAUGAACAAGUUGAUGAAAUAAAUCAACAAUUAAGCCAAACAAGAUCACAACGUGUUCGAGAAGCAAUGUUUCCAGAAACACUUGAAGAAGGAAUUGAAAUUCCUUCUACUCAGUUUGAUACUAGUCGUCCAACUGCUGUUCAGAAAUUAUCAGAACCUUCUCAAAUGUUGAAACAUGCAGUUGUAAAUAUAAUAAAUUAU